AUGGAUCUCAAGGAAGUGAUUCGUGACUUGAACGAUGAUUUCUGUAAUCAAAUACUUCUUGAGAAACUCGGAGAUUGUUUGAGAGAUGAAUCAACAAGGUCAAGUCUCGAAAUCCAGCAAUUUAUUCCUAUCAUGUUGACCUCAUUUGGCACAACGUUUCAAGAUUUCUUUGGGGGAGCUGAAAAUGGAAACGUAGUCCUAGAAAAUUUAAGAGUCUUAAUCAAUACAGCUGCAAACAAUGACCAUAACAGAGAACUAAUCGCUUCUAUGGACAGCGAUGGUGAGGUGAAAUUCUGGAAUAUGAUACUAAAAUUAAUAACGGUAAAUGAUGACGCUGUUAGAGAAAGACUGUUGAUGUUUUUGACGCAAUUCGUAAGAAAUACUGAAUUAAAAGAAAAAUUUUGUGUUUUCUUUUAUGAUUUAAAGUUAGAUCACCAAAUAAUGACUUUCAUGAUUAAAAAAUUUGAGGCUAAUUUUGAGACGAACUUAGAAGCUUUGGAUGAACGCUAUGAGCUAAUCUCCUUAAUUCUUGAAAACUGCAAUACCAAGAUAGUAUCCGAUGAAUUUUAUAAGAGCAAGUCAGGUUGUUAUAUUGAUUUUCAAUUGACUAUACUCGAAUGUUUGCUUCGAAAGUCUUCAAAGUUAUUGGACAUCGAGCUUGAUGAAUCUGUAAUAUCAGAUAUUAUCACUACGUUAUACUAUUUGACUUUUAUUGAGAGCCCGAAUUCUUUAGAUAACUACGAAGUGAAUAAGAGAAUUCUUGAGAUACUACGUGACUUUCCAUCUUCCUUCGAAAACAUUACCUCAUUUAAAAGGACUUUAUUUUCUUGCGUUGGCAACAUUACUUAUAUGAAAUCAUAUGAUGGAUCUCAAGAUUUAAAUUUUGCCCUUGAUUGUUUAAAAGAUAAGGGGCUUGAUCCAUAUGUACAGUCUGCGUGUAUGGUGAGCUUGGGCAAUUAUGUUACAAGUAAGACGAGGUCCGACUUCUUGCUUGAGACCAUUAAUAAGAGUUGCCUGAUUGAAACUUUGACAGAUACUAUCUUAGAAAUUCAAUUCAACGAUCCGAUCCAGUAUCAAUCGUUUCAUUUCUUUAAUAAUAUAAUGAAUUCUGUUGUAGCUCACCGAGCUUUACAGAAUAAAAAUUUAAUUAAAAUUUCAUUACUUGUUGUUAGCAACGAAUCUUAUUAUAAAGAAGUCAGCGACUUAUAUCUCAAAUUUAUUGGAAAGCUCUUAAAGCACAAUUUGAGUGACCCGAAAUUUGAUGUUCUGGCUCAUUUAGACUUGUGGAAAUGCUUUGAUGGUUUGAACUCGAAUCGAGAGAGAGAAAUGAUUUAUUUGUUGCUAGUUCAAGCAUUGUUAAAAAACUCCGAAUUGAAUAAUUCUUCAUUCCAUAAAAGUCUAAUUAAUAAUUUAGUAUCCAUUGAUUCUUUCUCCGGAAAUGUUGAUAUCCAGUAUAUAUUGGAAAAGUUACAAGCCUUAGGUGUUUUCAAUCAAAUAAUAAUCUCAAAGAAAAAGGACUUGAGCGAAGUUCUUGAGACAGUUUAUAACUUCGAUGAUGAAGCUUGUAACACUUUUUUUCAAUCUUACCACAAUCUCAUCUCAAAAUUUUAUGAAAUCUUGAAACAGAUGCAAUCUAAGCCAGAGAAGCUGAUAGUGCUUAAUAAUUCUAAAUUUGUUAGUGCUACAGCUAUCUCUAUAAUGAAGUCGAUAAAUGAUGCAUUGACUGACAGCAUAUGUGAUCUUUGUCAAUCAAUACUAAUUCUUAAAUAA